AUGAGCAUGAUCAUGGUUUCCAAGUACACCUGCAACACGCAUUGCCUCCAAGGUCUGAGCCUCGCCUGCUGUGGCGUGACUCGGGUACAACGACCUCCUGUCUACGACAUCUGUCAUCGCUGUCGCUUUCUGCAUGUCUCUGUCCAAAUUCCCCUUGUUGCAGCAAUAACCCCAUCACUUUCGUAUCCGACUACCAGCCUCGUCGAUUCCAAUGCCGCGUACAGCCCUUGUCUCUCCAUGUCACGACUAGGCGGGCUGCAUGUAACCUGUCAAAAUGUGCAACUUCCCCACAGGACCGCGGUUGUGGUCACUUGUCUCCGCGGACAGACGGCCACGUCGGCUGAUACGACGCUGAUGAGCAUGGAGAAGGAAGAGGAUUCAUCAGCCUGGGGUACGCUCGGCUACUCGGAUGCUGCCGGACCACUGGCCAGGCGAGCCGGUACUGCUCAUUCCAACUUCGGUACUUGA